GAACCAUAAAUACCGAAAGUUUGACGGCAUAUCGCUAAUAAAAUAAUUUGUACUGCUGCCGUCACCGUCACCAUCACCAACCGCCAUAAGCUUCAGCAACACCGUCAGCGCAUUAUACGCGCCCUCCACCCCACAUAUUCGUUAUAAAUUGAAAAUUUUAUUUUUCACGACGUUUUUUCCCUUAAAUGCAUCACCUGUAUCCGUCGUUAAAAGGUGACCAAUUAUGUCCGCUGGGGUUUCAUCCCCAGACCCGCUAUCCGACACGCUGCAAACGUUGCUUUCGUGACUAUAAGGAGCAUGGCGGACGGCGGGGUAUUGAAGAUGUGGCCGUCUCAUCGCCCAACUUAACGGACGGCGGCAAUUCUAGACCUUCAUCGCGCACAUGGACCUCAACACAAAAUCUGUCGAGUUUUAAUGGCACGGGGAGUAACAAUGAUAUUGUUGUUCACUUCAAUGUAGAACUAAAGAGACGUCCACAAUCAUGGGCUUCCACACCGGAUAUCGACGAGGCUGAAGAACAGACGAAGAGCAAUUCGCGGCCCAGUGGUCGUGCGCAGGAAAACGAUGUGGAUGUGACGGUGAAGUUACCCGUGCCGCCACGUCGGCAUACGACAGCGUUGGAUAUAAAGGAGGUGGAGGAUUCCACAUCGAAGGCAGCAUCCUCAUCGUCCACGCCAUCACCCUCGCGUAAUAGUAUUCCGGAGGAUCUAAUCAUCCUCUCCACAGACAGCCUCGCCGAACGGGUACGUAAAAUGAAUUUGUUGAAGAAGCAGCGCCAAAGUUCCCGAGAAUCCAGUCGCGAACGUUCAAUUCCCAAGAAGAGCGAUGAUAGUGAUAACAAUUCAUCCAGCGAUACUGAGAGCAAAGCGCCACCCGAUCGACCAGAACGCAGCAAAUCGAACACAUCCAUGGCAGAAGCUGCGGCCAAACGUAAUUCGCUGCCGCCGAAGAAGAUUUCCACUUCCAGCACAGCAUCCACAACUUCCUCCACUUCUAUGACAACUUCCACAGCAAGCGCAGGUAUCACGCCGAAAGCGGUGAGUACAGCGUCGUCGGCAACAAAUGGUGCGCGUACGAAUUCCACAAGCACAACAGCCAAGUCAGCUGCAAGUACUUCAACCUCUACCGCAAUGAAGCAACAAAAGGAAGAAGCGCGACGGUUGAAGUCUGCAGAAGAUGUGGAGUUUAUGCUGAAAAUUAAAGAUACCAAGUAUGCGCAUAAAAGACAAUCACACGAUACAAGUUCCCUUACGACGGAAACGACAGAAACCACACUGGUUGGUCCGAACGAUAGAGAGCUGCAAGAUGACCUAAAGCGGUUGCGUGCCGACUACGAUGCGAUGAAAUUACGUGCUGAACGUGCCGAACGCGAGAAAAGUGAUAUUUUGUUGCGUCGGCUCGCCUCGAUGGACACCGCCUCGAAUCGGACCGCAGCCUCUGAGGCUUUAGCGUUGCAGCAAAAGGUUAACGAAAUGAAGGAGCAAUUGGAGAAAGUAAACGAAGAGAAACGUAAGCUGAAUAUACGGAUGAAAGAGAUCGAGAACAAUCCGAAAGGUAACGAGUACGAGUUAAAACGUAAACUACAGGCAGCCGAGCAGCUGUGUGAAGAGCUGAUGGAGGAGAAUCAGGAUGCAAAGAAGGAGAUUAUCAAUUUGCAGGCUGAAAUGGAUGAGUUGCAAGACACCUAUCGGGAUGAUGAGGUGAAGGCGAAAACAAAUCUGCAAAAGGAGCUGGAGAAGAUGACGAAGAACUGUCGAAUACUCAAUUUCAAGCUUAAGAAAUACGAACGUAAGGUUGAGAUAAUGGAACAGGAAAAACAAAACAACUACAAUACAGAUUUAUUGACCAAGGUCAAUAAGCUUGAAGAAGAGCUGCGUUUUGCAAACGAACUAACGCGUAAAUUACAAACUGAAGCUGAGGAGUUGCGCAAUCCAGGCAAAAGAAAGACGCCUAUGUUAGGCAUUAUUGGCAAGUCCACAUCUGCGGACGCAAAUCCACAACCUCCGCUGCAAUUAAUGCGCGACUUGCAAGAUUCUGUGGAACGCGAAUCGGAUUUGAAGGACCAGCUGAAAUUUGCAGAGGAAGAGCGUCAAAAGUUGCUUACGAAAUUGAAUGCUAGAGUUGGCAUAAACGUUGGUACUCAGACAUUGGAACUCACCGAGAUUUUAUGUUUUCCACGUGGCACUCAAACGCACAGACAGUCUUACGAGGAUGCUGGCGUUGAAACCGAUUCAGUUCUUACAAACGACACGGCGACUGAAGUGCUAGUGGAUAUAUGCGAUAACUUCACACAAAUGGAUGAAACGAAAAGCGUCGAAGUCGAUACACAAACGCAAACUAUUGAAACACGCGAAGUCUACAUAGAGACUAUUAGUAAUAUUUGCAAUGCUUCCACUGAAACGGAACGUGUCGAGGUAUUUGACGUCAGCACAGAAACAGAGAAUAGAAAACCUUCCUUCGAUGUGCAAAAAUCUUUCUGUGAUCGUGAAUGUUCACCAUUCGCGAUGGUGUUUGCCUCGGUGGCGCCUAGGGCAACGCCAACAUUACUCUUUCCAACCGCAAUGUCGCAAGCACUCAUGUCGGGCGCUAGUGCAGCCACACGCAAGCUGAGCCCGAUACCACAUCGUCUGGCGCCCGAAUCGGCGGCUGAACGUGACGAAGGUAUAUCUGAUGAAGACGAUCCCGCUGAAUUACGCAUACUUUUGGAACUGAACGAACAAGAGGCGGCGAUUCUGCGUCAGCGUGUUGAUGAUUUGGAAAAGGAGAAUCGGGAAACUAAAAAGCAUGUCAGAGAGCUGCAGGAGAAAGUACAUCAAGUUGAAUCGGGUGACAAGAAGUCUUCUUUGCUCUCGUUCAACUCAACGCCUAUAAAUGCUGCCGAUAAAAAAUUGAAAGCGCUCACUGAGGAGCUUAUGCAGUUACGCAAAUCUCUCUCCGACAAAGAUCGCACAAUCGAACGCUUACAGUCGGAGAUUGCGGCUAAAACUGGUUCCGCGCUGCCGCAAGAUGCCAAUGUAGAUGCGAAGCGUCAACUGAAAUUGGUCGAACAAGAGGCGGCGGUGUUGCGCACGAAAAUUUCAACUUUGGAGAGUGAAAAUGAAAAGUUGCUGAAGGAUAACAAACGUAUGCAAUUGCAGGCACUACGCAAGAGCACGUCGCAGGAUAAAAAUGGCGCGAACGGCGAAGAGCUUACGAAAUUAAAGGAAUCGCUUGAAAAAAUAGAACGUGAACGCAAUGAGUUGGAUGGUAAGUUGAAGUUAAUACUACAGGAGGCCGAAGAGAAAUUGCCCGCACGCACACCGAAACGUGUGACAGAUCUGACGCCUAAGAAUCAUUUGAAGAAAUGGGUCGAAGAGUUGGAGGAUGAAAUUCGCGAAAUGCGUGUGAUAGUAUUGAAUAGUGGUGGAGAUAAAGUGAAGACGCUUGAGACUGAGAAGACGUCUCUGGAAGAGCAACUGCAGAAAUCCAAGCAACGUUUGUCUGUCGCAGAGAGUGAUAUUGAUCGUUUGAAGACACUUACAAGUUCUACACCGAAACUAAGUGAAUUGGAGCAGAAGUUGAAAAAGUCCGACGACGAAGCUAAGAAAUAUAGUUCUAAAGUUAAGGAACUGGAAGAUAAGAUCAAGAAACAAGAUAAUCAGAUCAAGCAAAUUGAAGCCGCAAAAGCCGCUUUGGAAACGCAGACCAAGCGUGACAAAGAAAAGCAAACCACACUGGAAAAGGACUACGAGAAGGAGCGCAAAGAGCGCGAGAAACUCGAGUCUAAACUUGCACAAUUGGAUGCCGAUCUUGCAAGCGUUAAAAAAUCAGCAGAAAAAACUAAAGCCACGCUUGAGAAGGAAGUGAAGGAACUCAAAACCAAGUCCUCGAAAUCGGAUUCCAAACAAGUGCAAGAACUCAAAAAACAAAUUGAAGAGUUACAGAAAGAAGUAGCCGAUGAAAAUAAACGCUAUAAGGAUUUGAAUACACAUUGGGAAAAAUUGUCGGAAGAAACGAUACUUAUGCGCGCACAACUAAGCACCGAGAAGGACAAUAUGCAAGUGGAGCUGAACUCGCUGCGACAGAAACUCAAUGAAAUGGAUGAAAUACGUAUGGAACGUACAGAACUGACAAGAAAACUGAGUGAAAUGAAGCGUAAACUACAAGAAGCCGAGUCGAAACAAAUUAAAAACGGCGCAUCUGAAUAUGAAAAGACAUUGCUGAAGAACAAAUUGGCUGAAAAGGAGCAAGAAUAUGAUCGUCUACGACGUGAAAAUGAGAUGAAUAUAGAUUUAGUAUUUCAGUUACGUAAGGAAAAUGAUGACUUGAGCAGUAAACUAAAUGACUUUAAUCGCAUUGAGCAAGCGCAGUAUUCGAUUAACGAGCACAGUAGUAGCUUGCAGGCCGAAAUUAAAGCGCUGAAAACGAAGCUACAGAAUUCUGAGCUACAGAUGAAGUCCGAGGUUGCAUCUACAAGAUUGCGUUAUGAGCAACAAGUUAAAAAUUUGAGUGCCGAACUCACUUCCAUGCAGCGCCAAUGUGAGAAGUUCAAAAAGGAUCGUGAUGCCUUCAAACAAAUGUUGGAGUCUGCACAGAAAAAGAUCGGUGAUCUAAAAGCGAACAGCACAGGGCGUCAAAGUCGCAACUCAAUGCAUAGCAGUGAUGAUGAUGACAAGAGUAAAAUUGCCUAUCUUGAACAACAGAUUGGCUGCCUAGAGGAUCAACUAGUCGAAGCACGUCUCGAGGUGAGCAAAGUAAAGACAGAGCUUGUAUCAGAGCGCAGCGCAAAUGAGAUCAAAAUAUCCGAGAUGCAAUCUAAACUCAAUGAAUUCGAGGAAGAGCGUGUCAUUGGCUCAGGACGCACAAAAAUACCGGGCAUGAAAACGAAACUGGAACUCUCGUGGCAGAAGGAGCGAGAAGAUCAACAGCGUCUACUACAAGAAACUUCAACUUUGGCACGUGAUUUACGACAGACACUUUUCGAAGUUGAACGCGAGCGCGACAAAGAGCGACUGGAGUCAAAGCGGCGUUUAGAGCAAUUGAAACGUUCGACCGAAGAGGAGAUGGAGGAAGGACGCAGAAAGAUCGCCGAGUUGCAAUGUGAUUUGCUGGAAUUGCGCGAUGUGCACGCUAAACUGCGCACAUCAAAUGAAAAACUGCGACGCGAACGUGAACGUUAUGAGAAGGAGUUGGUAAAGCGACGCAUGGAGCAAGAUGGUGGUGAGCGUAAAGUUGGCGCUUUGUUACAAACCGUCGAUGAAUUGGUAAAAAUAGCACCAGAUCUGAAGAUGGCGACAGCAAGUAGUCGCUCCACAUCGAGCAGUGGCAACACAUUGCGACCGGAUUCGGCGGGUACAGCGCGACAGCGCAGUCGCAGUCCAUCGCCAAGCAGCGCGCUCAAUAACUCACAAAUAACAAAUGUGUUGGCGCGUUUGGCAGAGGCAUCUGAAGAGUUGCGCAAGUUCCAGCGUCUCAGUGAAGAUGAGAACGAGCGCACACGCAUGAGACGUAGCAAUCUGCGGCGUGCAGCAUCGCAAGAAAAUGACCCACACGGCAGCCAGAGUUCGGUGGCUAGCGCUGCUGGUUCCACACGCAAUGGUUCUAAGCUUUCGCGCUCAGGACAUAAUGGUAGUUUAAUACGGAAGAGUCUGUCACUGGAUCAUUCAAUACAGAAGGAUCAGAAUAUUUGGCGGCAGGAUGACGGCAGCGUCUCAUCAAUGCAGUCUAUUGAUUCCGAAUUGGGUGGCAUGGUGCGUGAUAGCAGCUUUGACUCACGACUGGACUCACGUUUAUCGGGUGGCUCAACACAGAGUGACAUACCACGCGGUCCGCGUAAGAAGAAGAAAAGCUUAAUGGGAAAACUGCGUAGUCUAACGAAGAGUAGUCGUAAUUCCGAGAGUGAAGUGUCGAUUCAAGGAUCUGACUCUGAUAUUAGUGUGGCCAGUGAUAUGCGAGCCAGCAAAAAAGACUUACGUGGUCGCCUAUCGGGUAUGUUUAAACGCGCGGGAUCAACAUCUCGUAGUGAGAGUACCGAACGUAUGGCGUCCGAAAAUCGUCCGGUCGCGGUAACAGUAGUGGGUGAUGAGAAUGGUCCACAGCCGCGUGAUCCUCCGCCAGCGAAUGCUGCCACAGCGAAACCAAUUCGUGCUGCGAUAAAACCACCGACGCCCACAACGCCGCUGACAAAACGACGUGCCGCCAAGUAGAUGCGCCAUUUUCUCUAUAUACAUAUUUUCUGUAUUAGAAACUCGUUCCAUGCCACGGUAUUUCUAUGUCCUACAUCCAUACAUACAUAUUUUUUUCUUACAUAGUACAUACAUACAUAUAUGAAAUGUUUUCAUUAUUUAAUAUGUUAGUAGAAAACGUGCUUAUUUUUGCUGCAUAUAAGAGUUGGUGACAAAAACGGCGGAAAGGCGAAUAUAAUAUAAUUUACAUGGUUACAGGAGUUGCCUUCAGCCGCACAGUGUCUCACUCCUUUUUGAAAAAACUAUAAAAUUUAUAAAAAAAAGUUUCUAUUAAUUUUAUUUAUUGCAAAUAUUCACUUUCUUAAUGUAUCAUAAUGUUUAUGCCAUAAUACAAAAUCAUUAUAUUAGCCAAUAUGAAACCAUAAA